GAGUUUCCUAAGCAUUGGAGAUGGGACCAAGGGAAAAAAACGUGGACAGUAAGGCAGAGGGGAACCAAAAUUGGACGUAUCUACUAUGUCCAUCCAACUGCAGGUGAUAAAUGCUACCUGCGUAUUUUAUUGAAUGUGCAAAGAGGCUGCCAAAAUUAUGACGAUAUUAAAAUAGUGGGUGAGACAAUUCAUCCUACAUUCAAAGACGCAUGUUUGGAACUAGGAUUAUUGGAAAAUGACGGUGAAUGGCACCGAGCCAUUCGGGAAGCAGCAGAAACACAUACAGGCAAGAGGUUACGUGAAUUGUUUGUGAUAAUAUUUCUGAAUUGCAAAGUAACAAAACCUAAAAAAGUGUUGAAUGAUAACUUGGAUCUUUUAGAAGAAGACAUCAAGUACGAACAAAUGCAGUUUUAUGGAAAUUCAGCACGAAAUCUAAGGGAUGAAGUCUUGCAAAACUAUGCACUACAAGCCAUUGAAAAGAUUUUCUGGAAACAUAAUCGAACCUUAAAGGAGAAUGAGUUUAAGGAUAUACCAUACCCAGACAUGUCUAAAUUAAAGGUUCCUAACAACACCCUGAUUCAUCAAGAGCUGGACUAUGACAGAGAUAUUCUAAUGGCAGCUGCAGAGGAGUUGAAGAAGGGGUUAAACGCAAAACAGGCAUUGGCGUUUAAUGAGAUUUCAAAAUCAGCUGAAGGAAAGGAUGGACGGAUAUUUUUUGUGUAUGGAAGCGGCGGGACAGGUAAGACUUACCUUUGGAGAACCCUUAUUUCAUUGCUACGAUCACAGGGUAAGAUUGUGCUAGCGGUUGCUUCUUCGGGAAUAGCGUCACUGCUGCUACCAGGUGGUCGUACAGCUCAUUCCAGGUUUAAAAUUCCUAUAAAACUCAAUGAAAUAUCGUGCUGCAAUCUAUUUAAGAAAACACCCCUAGAAGAGUUAUUAUGCGAAGUAGAUUUGAUCAUAUGGGAUGAAUCACCAAUGAUACACAGAAAUGCACUUGAGGCAGUUCAAAGAGAUCUUACUAAUUUAAUGAUGGAAGCGAAUGGCGAAAACAAGUUAUUAUUCGGGAAAAAACCACUGGUGUUGGGCGGUGAUUUCCGACAAAUUCUGCCUGUGAUUGAGGAAGGAACAAGAGAAGACAUAGUAAAUGCUUCUAUAAGCAAAUCUAGAUUAUGGAAACACUUUACAGUUUUUGAACUAACAGAAAAUAUGAGACUAUCCACCAGAGAUACAUCACAGGACGAAAGAGAUUAAAUAGAGGAGUUCGCAAAAUGGAUUCUUGAUGUUGGAAAUGGUAAAGCACCAGCAAUCAGCUUGGAUGGAUCGGAAGACAAGGAUUAGAUACAGAUACAAUCAGACUUACUGAUUCAUUGUAAAGAGAAUCACAUUUAGACAAUAGUAGACACCAUGUAUCCAGAUUUUUUGAAGAAACUGCAGGAUAAGAAUUACCUUGUUGAACGGAGUAUACUGGAGCCCACAAAUGAGUGUCUUCACAAUAUAAAUACACAUGUCUUAUCAUCUGUACCAGGAAAAGAGCAUACGUAUUUAAGUGCAUAUUCGAUUGGACCAGAAUCAUCGGAAUUUCACUCUAGUGUUGUUUUCUACGACAAAGAAUUCCUUAACAAGCAUGAGGAAUCUGGGAUGGCAAGCCACAAAUUAACUCUAAAGGUUGGAGUACCAAUUAUGCUUCUGCGGAAUCUUAGCAACGCUGAUGGGCUAUGCAAUGGAACAAGGUUAAUUGUCACCCAAUUAGGAGAAACAGUCAUUAAAGCUGAAAUAAUCACAGGUCUGGGAACUGGAAAUACAGUUUUCGUACCAAGGAUACUUAUGACUACACCUGAGACAAGUUUACCAUUUAUUCUACAUAGAAGGUAAUUUCCAGUAAGAAUUUGUUGUGCCAUGACAAUAAAUAAGGGUCAGGGACAGAGCCUACCAAAUGUAGGGGUUUACUUGGAAGAACCUGUUUUUUCGCAUGGUCAACUUUAUGUGGCGAUUUCAAGAACCACCAGAAGACAAGGCUUAAAAAUAUUGAUCAAGAAGAAUGGGAAAGAACCCGACGGGUAUACACAAGAUAUUGUGUUUGAAGAGAUAUUUCAAAAUCUCUUAAAUUAAUAAGAUCAUUUGAUCCUUAUUUUUGAUUUUGUUGAAUAUUUGGGGUUCAAAUUACAAAUUAA